GUAGGGGAUCCGGGUGACCAGACACCUUAGCGCACCUGGCGGAGCUUCUUUCCGCCUGGAUUUCUCUCCUGCCUGCUGCCUCUUAAGUCCACCUGCCUGCCACGUCCGUACCCCGCCAUCAGGUAGCCUCAUGGCUGCAACCUGUGAGAUCAGCAACGUUUUCAGCAACUACUUCAGUGCCAUGUACAGCUCAGAGGACCCCACCCUCGCCUCUGUUCCCCCUCCUCCCACGUUUGGGGCCGAUGACUUGGUGCUGACCCUGACCAACCCCCAGGUGUCGCUGGAGGGCACAGAGAAGGCCAGCUGGUUGGGGGAGCAGCCCCAGUUCUGGUCAAAGGCCCAGGUUCUGGACUGGAUCAGCUACCAGGUGGAGAAGAACAAGUAUGACGCCAGCUCCAUCGACUUCUCGCGGUGUGACAUGGACGGGGCCACUCUCUGCAGCUGUGCCCUGGAGGAGCUGCGACUGGUCUUUGGUCCUCUGGGGGACCAACUUCAUGCCCAGCUGCGGGACCUCACUUCCAGCUCUUCUGACGAGCUCAGCUGGAUCAUUGAGCUGCUGGAGAAGGACGGCAUGGCCUUCCAGGAAGCCCUAGGAGACCCAGGCCCCUUUGACCAGGGAAGCCCCUUCGCCCAGGAGUUGGUGGACGAUGGCCGGCAGGCCAGCCCAUACUACCCCGGCAGCUACGGCGCAGGAGCCCCCUCCCCUGGCAGCUCUGAUGUCUCCACCGCAGGGACCGGGACUUCUCAGAGCUCCCACUCCUCAGACUCCGGUGGAAGCGAUGUGGACCUGGACCCCACUGACAGCAAGCUCUUUCCCAGAGAUGGCUUUCCUGACUACAAGAAGGGGAAAGGGGAUCCUAAGCAUGGGAAGCGGAAACGGGGUCGACCCCGGAAGCUGAGCAAAGAGUACUGGGAGUGUCUGGAGGGCAAGAAGAGCAAACAUGCCCCCAGAGGCACCCACUUGUGGGAGUUUAUCCGGGACAUCCUCAUCCACCCAGAGCUCAACGAGGGCCUCAUGAAGUGGGAGAACCGGCACGAGGGUGUCUUCAAGUUCCUGCGCUCCGAGGCUGUGGCCCAGCUGUGGGGCCAAAAGAAAAAGAACAGCAACAUGACCUACGAGAAGCUGAGCCGGGCCAUGAGGUACUACUACAAACGGGAGAUCCUGGAACGGGUGGAUGGCCGGCGGCUCGUCUACAAGUUUGGAAAAAAUUCGAGCGGCUGGAAGGAGGAAGAGGUUGUCGAGAGUCGGAAAUGAGGAAUUUAGCUGGACCCGGGACCAAACUCAUGGACUCUGGGAGGAAACAGACAGGCCAGAUGGCCCCCUCUGUUUGGACAUACUCCCUGCUGCAAUGGAGAGAAGCUGAAGUUCUGGGAU